UUUGAACCCGGAACUGACGACAGUCUGCGCCAGUGAAACUCAAACAACGAUCAGCUGUGUUAGAACUGUUCCUUUAUGCAAACACCAUGUCUGAGUUACCAAGUAAGAACAAAUUCCGCCGAUCAAAAGGUCCUGGCGUCAUCUUGUGCCAGUUGUUUGGAAGAAAAGGGGGCGGGACUAUGGUCAAGUGGCCGCCGCGCUAUAGCAACGGCGGCAGCUGGCGGUACUUAGGCCCUCCCACUAUUGCACGGCAACAAAAGGAUUUAGCGUAAAAGUUUAUCUUGUAGUUUAGGCGCUUGACAGCGAGUCGAGGACCGCCACGUAGUCCUCCAGGAUACACCGGCCGGGCGUCAUUCAAAAACCUGCGACACGUUUUACUUUGUCACGGUGAAACGUGGCCGGCACAGGACCCCCCUCCCCAACACUAUCCCUGAAAAAAUAUCCACGUUGAACUUUAAUUUCCAAAGUUCAGUUGGAACAUUCAGGGAAAAAUGUUGUUUAGGGCAGCUAUAGUUUUUGCCGUACUCUCCCUGUCGGCCUCGGAUAUACACUUCCCCAAAGACAUGCGGACGGAUGUGCAGUUUCCGCCGAUCGUCAAGAGGAGUGACUCUGGUCUACCUGACGGACAUCUACGGCCACUGGGCUACCAGAAGAAGCCAGAAGCUCGAGUGAAGGAGUACCAAGAGCUGCUGGCCCCCAGGGAAUUCUGGGAACAGCAUGUGCAACACAGAGUCCCGCUUAUCUACAGGCAGGCUGUUGUCAAGGCCCCCGCCUUCCUCAAAUGGCAGACUGAUGAGCACAUCAGGGAGAAUUAUGGAGCCCUGGAUGUCCUGAUAGAGAAGAAAGUGGCUAGCGGAGUAGCGCCACUGGAGCGAAUGUCUCUGAAAGACUUUCUGGACAGUUACGAGUACGAGGACUGGUACGUUGUGUCACUGCUGCCAGACCCAAUGAGAGAAGAGAUGAUGGUCCCCCGCUCGCUGCUGUGUGGAACGUUCCGGCGGCACGUCCUGGAGACGAACCUGUGGAUGUCUGCGGGCGGGACCAGCUCCAUGCUGCAGUACGACGCUGACCACAACCUGCAGUGUCUGCUCUCCGGCCGCAAGGACUUCAUCAUGAUCCACCCCAAGUAUGCUGACCAACUGGACCUGGAAGAGAAGAAAAAGUUUUCUGGUUCAGGUUACUCGACCAUGAACAUGGACAUGAUCAACGUGUUCACAAACCCGCACAUCUCCAAGAUCCCCUGGACCUGGGCAACCCUCCGACCCGGAGACUGUAUCUUCAUACCUUCAGGCUAUUUCUACCAAGUGCGCUCCUAUGGGCGGAGUAUAGCAGGUUCUAUCUUGUGGUCGCCCCUGCCAGAGUUUGAUGAUUCGGACUGUGCCUCAGCCGACAUCGACCAGUUCACACCACUGAGCCAGGUCAACAUGAUGUGGACAUACAAGAAGGGUGACAGGGUCCUAGAGAUGAGACAUACAGACCCUGAGAUAUUCCGGGCAGGGUUGUUAACAUUGUUGAAAGACCGUGAUCGUCUGCGCCCUGAGCACUUUGAGUACUUCUAUGCAGACCUCAUGGGUGACAAGGCAGAUCCUCCCCGCGCUCGAGAGAUCUUUGGUCUCUUGGACCAGACAAAGAAGGGUUCUGUAAGUCUGCAGGAGAUCAGAGACAUGGACGCCGCCGUCCUGAAAACCGUCGCUCGCUACCUGGACAGUCCACACGGAGCGGUCAAGGACCACGACCACACUCACGACGAACUAUAACCACAACCGGGGGCUCUAGGAGUGCCUUAAUUGUUGCCAUAGCAACAGAAAGAGAGUUAGCCCUUAACGAUAGCAUGUAUAGCAAGUAAUUUUUAUGGAUGGCACCAGUGCAUGCAUUGACUUUUGUCUGAUUUUGGAAAAAAAAUUCAGUUGCCUUCUGAUGGUGGUCAACAGGUCGACGCAAAGGAAAAUAUAUCAUAAAUGUCAAUCGGUUCAGGGACAAUAGGGGAUCCAGCAAAUUGAGGCCUAACGUCUCGAGUAUGAUGGCAAGGUUUUCCUUCCCAUAUGAGUACCCAGUGUAAUAGCUGCCCAUGUUGGUACGACAAAGUCUCUUUUCUUCAAUAAUGUUCUGAUUAAUUGAGAUGUGAAGAUACCUACAAGGACAGGUAAUACUGUUGAACAGGACCUGUUGGUUGUUAUAUCAGGUUUAGUUGCCGCAGUUUUUGUUUAACAAGGUUUAUGGUCUCAAAAUUUGAAAAUGUAAGAAUGUUGCUUCUUGGCCCGCCUUGUUUUUUCCCCUAUUACAUUAGAUUUGGAGUCUGCGGAGGAUGUCAUCCAUAAAAUUUACUUGCUGUGGCCUAAUUGGGCUUGUAUAUCAUGGCUACUUUGGUAGCUCUCAUUGACGUCAGUCAACUGAAUGGAAGUAAAAUAUAAAGAUGUUAAAUUUGUCGGCAGGGUAACAAGAUAAUUGCGACCUUUCUGUUCAUCAACACGUUUAGUGUUGUCUUAGUAACAAAGCAUUUUUUUUGCAUGUUAACAAAUCUGCUCGUCUGUACCUUAAUGAUGUCAAAUAUAGUACAUUACAAAAACAGGUCAUCCAAGAAAUAUAUAGCUUUUCAUUUCAACAUUUUUAGAUGUUUUUUUACACACUGGUGAUAGGUAGCCAGUGGAAUCAAAUAUGAAACAACUGAUGAUUGUGAGUUUAUAUUUAGGAUAGCAAUAUUAUUAUUAA